AUGUCGUCAUCGUUGGAUCCUAGGACCGUCACCCAGCCCGACUCCACCGCAUCCGCUGGCGGCCGCUCGACCAAGUCGAGUGAUUCGACCAAGGAUGUCGGCGGAUAUCCCGUCGGCAGCCUGCACAUUGUACGGCCCGAUGAUGAUGACAAUGAUGACGCCGAUGACGACGAUGGGCCUCCACCACUGGAGCCCCUCCCGUCGUCGUCCAAGCAGAAGCAACCGGCACGAUCGAUGCAGCCAGAGUCGCCGAGCAACGCCAUGAUGCAUUCCAUGGGCGGCGGCGACAUCGUCAUCGUCCUCCACCUGCCCGAGGCCUACACCGUCGGCUACGACGCCGUCUCCUUCACCGCAAAGACCUUUGUCGGCAUCAGGCAUGUGCCGCCCGGGCCGCACUUCUUCUGGGCCGCCCAUCCCGACGGCGCAUCCUCCCGUUGUGGCUUCUGGAUUAUGAGCUCGGGAAUCGACCGCGUGCACGUGAUGCAAUGGCACGGAUACGACGAAGUCUUCGUGCAACCAACUCGCACCGACACUCGUCUGCAGGCCGAGAAUGUCGACAAGAUUUACCCACAUCUGCCCUCAUAUCGGGAUCCCUCUGGCUCGGAAUCAGGAGUGGGCGCCUUGGACCCCUCCAAGGCAGAUGCCAACCGGCACAUCUGGCACCAACUGUCAGCGGCCAUCACCCAGCCGGUCCUGGACCGCAUCGCGGGAGAUCCGGAUGUUGGCUGGAACCUUCACACCUGCGACCGCGUACGAGGUUCGCUGAGACUGCCGUCGGAGAUGGAUCUCGACAGCAGCCUGCCCCAUUCCGUUUUCCACUCGCACGAACUCAGGUUCUCCUUUCAGCAGGGAACCCGGACGUACAAAGUCACGAGCAUGGGCCACGACCGUACCGUCAACGCUACGGAUACGUCAUCCCACAUUCUGGCGCGCCUCGACAGCCAAAGCGACCGCCUCGCCUCGGACGACAUCGUAGGAGAGUUCCAGUUCGCCUACGUCGUCGGCAUGUAUCUAGGAAAUGACUCCUGCAUUCAACAGUGGUGGUACCUCCUGCUGCAUCUCUUCCUCAAGGCUUACCGUCUCGCCCUCGAGCAACCCGAUCUCGCAGCAGCGUUGAUCCGCACUCUCACCGCCCAGCUUGCUCAUAGUACGCGGUGGCUCGAAGGGUCCAUCCUCGACUAUAGCGAGACACACACCCACGAUCUGCGCAUCGCCCUCAUCAUCUACAAACAACGUUUGGACGAGCUUCUCGGGGAGCGGGGAAAGGAAUCCGUCACUCCUGGACAAAUCGCCGUUGGGAACGCGUUUGCGAGACUUGAGGGUGUGCUCAUGAAGGAACUGGACUGGGACCUGACGGCCACCUACCCUCGGAAGGGUAAAGUGAUGACGGAUGACGGCGAGGAAAUCGACCUCGAGCUGGACGAGAUGGAAGCGGAAAACGAUCGAGGCGAAUGGGCACCCGAAAUCGUGGAGCUGGACGACAAUGGCCGUCAGGUCGGUCUCGUUUCAUGGUCAGACUAG